AUGGGAGUGCGCACCUUCAUCUGCGUGGGGCUGGUGGCGGUCUACUUUUACACGGGCACGUUGGGCCUGCUCGUAGGCAUGCUUGUCUGGUUCGGUGCCUCGUUUGCCCUCACUCGCCUCCGGUCGGCCAGAGCCGACGCGGUGGAGGUGGACAUCGUGGCGGAGCCGCUGCUGGGCCAUUCGGCGACGGAACUGGCUGCCAUGGUGCGCCGGGGCGAAGUCACCUCCGUCCAGUUGGUGGAGACCUUCAUCAAGCAGAUCGAGAAGGUCAACCCCAAGCUGAACGCCAUGGUGGCCACCCGCUUUGAAGAGGCGCGAGAGGAGGCCAGGAGAGCCGACGAGAUCACGCAGCAAACGGCCGACAAAGCAGCCCUUCCGCCGCUGCACGGCGUUCCCUGCUCGGUCAAGGAAGCCAUGGAGCUCACAGGAAUGCCGCAAUGCUCGGGUCUUCUCUCACGCCGGCAUCGCAAGUCCACUAAGGAUGCCACCGUCGUACAGCGCCUCCGCAAGGCUGGCGCGAUCCCGCUCGGCGUGACGAACGUUUCCGAGGUGUGCAUGUGGAUGGAGAGCGCCAACAAGGUCUACGGCCGCUCCAACAAUGCCUACAACACCAACCACACCGUGGGCGGCAGCUCCGGUGGCGAAGGAUGCAUCGUGUCGGCUGCGGGAGCUGCCUUUGGCGUGGGCUCUGAUAUUGGCGGAUCGAUCAGGAUGCCUUGCUACUUCAACGGAAUCUUCGGCCACAAGCCCUCGGCUGGUCUGGUGCCCAAUACCGGACAAUACCCGAUUGCGGUCAACCAAGCUUUGCGAUAUAUGUGCACCGGGCCGAUGUGUAAGCGAGCCGAGGAUCUGUGGCCGCUGCUCAAAAUCAUGGCCGGACCCGACGGCGUCGACACCUACCAGCAGCACCUCGAACUCGGCGACCCCAGCCAAGUCGACAUCAAGUCCCUCAGGAUUCUUUGGGGCGACCCGUGCUAUAUGCUGACGUUCUCGGCCAGCGAGGAGAUCCAGCGCGCGCAACGGGCCUGCGUGGAGCACCUCGGCUCGCUGGGCGCCAAGGACGUCCAGAAGAUCGACAUGUCGGAGUUCAAGGAGGGCAUGGAUGUGUGGUCCUCUCUCAUGGCCGCCGCCGGUGGUCCCACCUUCAGCGAACUGCUGGGCAACGGCAAACCCAUUCGCUCCUCCCUCGAGCUGCUCAAGUGGAUCGUGGACGUGGGCUCGGAGUACACGCUGCCGGCGAUCGGCCUCGCGCUGCUCGAGGCGCUGCCGCGUCUGAUGCCCGAACGCGCCAAGCGCAGCGUGGAGAACGGCGACGUGCUCAAGGCGCGGCUCGAGGAGCUUCUGGGUGAUGACGGCGUGCUCAUCCUCCCCACCUACCCCACCACGGCGCCGGCCCACGGGAUGGCCAUCCUCCCGCCCACCAACUGGGUGAACACGGCCAUGUGGAACGUGAUGGAGGUGCCGGUGACGGCGGUGCCGCUCGGCCUCGACUCGAAGGGGUUGCCCAUGGGCGUGCAAGUGAUAGGGAAGCACGGCAACGAUCACGUCACCAUCGCCGUGGCCAUGAUGCUCGAACGGCGCUUUGGCGGUUGGGUUCCGCCUCGCCCACGCCACUCCUAG